AUGAAUUUUGGUUCACUUUUUAUUCUCAUUGUGGUCUCUUUGACCGUAGGCAACAUCAAAGCCGCAUAUUCGAAAGUUGAAUAUAAUGAUUGUGGCUCACAGGAUGUUCACAUUGAUUCGGUUGACAUUUAUCCAAUGCCAAUUUCUUAUCCUGGUACUGUCAAUAUAACUUUAAAACAUACUUUAAGACGACCUCUACAAACAGAAAAUUUGCAACUAUCAGUUGAUAUCAUACGAACAGUUUCAAAUAUUCGUCUUCCAAUUAAGUGCUAUAUCUACGAUGGUCUAUAUGUUGGCUCAUGCAACUACACUGGCAAUGAAAUAUGUAAUUUGAUCAGAGAUUGGUGGCCAAAAACGUUCGGAUUAUACUUAACUUCCCUUGUUUCAACCAUUCUGGGUAAUAAUUGCAAUGGAUCUUCGCAUCAAGUACAAAGAAAUAAAGUCGUAGCAUAUAACGAAAUGCUUCAAUUGCCGGAUAUUUCUGGCAGUGCUAUAUCAUUUUUGAUGUCUGGCGAUUUUCAGGUCAAAAUAACAGCUAUGGAACAAGACGUCAAGGUUUUCUGUGGAAUAUUUGAAUACACAAUAAAACCAAAAAAAUAG